UCUAUAUCGUAAAACAAUCCUGGAAAAAAGAAUGUCGCUUUUGGUCUUAAUUUAAGGUUAGGCUUAGCAGUGUGGUUAAGGUGAGGGUUAAAAUCAAACGUUAAAAAGAUAAAUAGUAGAAAUGGGCGGGGUUUAUGACUUUGUGGCUGUUAUAACUAUACGACCAAAAUAGAAGCCACUUUCUUGUUCGUCUUUUCACUGACAGACCCAGGCUACCGAUUUGUUUCAAUUCACGCUUUGGGGCUUGAAUAAUUUCAUACGGAGAUACGCGCUAACACUGCAGCAUCAAGAUGUCGUACAUGCUACCUCAUCUCCACAACGGCUGGCAGGUCGACCAAGCCAUUCUAUCCGAGGAGGACAGAGCCCUGGUUAUUAGGUUUGGACACGAUUGGGACCCAACAUGUAUGAAAAUGGACGAGGUGUUGUACAGCAUAGCUGAAAAGGUGAAAAACUUUGCAGUCAUCUAUUUGGUGGACAUCACAGAGGUGCCGGACUUCAACAAGAUGUACGAGCUGUAUGACCCUUGCACUGUCAUGUUUUUCUUCAGGAACAAGCACAUCAUGAUAGAUCUGGGGACCGGUAACAACAACAAGAUCAACUGGACCAUGGAGGACAAGCAGGAGAUGAUUGACAUUGUUGAGACCGUUUACAGAGGGGCGAGAAAGGGACGAGGUCUGGUCGUAUCUCCGAAGGACUACUCCACAAAAUACAGAUACUGAUUGGUUCUUCCCAUUGCUUUGUGUGAUGCCCAAUGGGAGCGAAUCUGUCUUUUCAAUAUUAGACUUUAUGAACAGCUGGACUACAGACAGGCUCUCUUUUUAUGUUACUGACAAGUCACCUUUUUUCCAUCGCAGUUAUUAAAACCAGUUAACCAGUUAUCACAGCCUGUAUUCUCAGACCCAGAAUAAGGCUGGUCCUCGAUUUUAAAAAAUAAAUAAAAAAUCAUUCACACUUAA